ACGAGUUCCUCUGAAAAGCCAAAAAAAAAGUAAGCAGACGGGAAAAUUUUUCGAUAUCCAGUGUUAACCUAUUUUGCGCAGUGUUGCAGAUUGUUUUAAGACUGAAAACUUUGGUUGUGCAUAGAGCGACAAUACAUAAACUGUCAAGAUUGUUCUUCAUAAAGAAGAGAAGUAAUAGGUCGUGAGACUCCAGGUUUUCGCUGUAGUGCCCCUGUAGGCCUGGAGCCCCUGGGGUACCAUCACCAUGGACGACGUAGCCAGUGUAAAGAGCAUGCUCAGGGCGGUGCUGAUGAGCUGUAAGGAAGGGGUGGCAGCUCAUAUCCUCCAGAGAGAUUAUCGAGAGAUGACCGGUGAACCUCUGCCAUUCAGGAAGCUUGGAUUUAAUAACCUCGAUGACUUCAUCUACAGCAUUCCUGACGUGGUUCAAGUACGCAAAAACAACCAAGGGGACAUAACCUAUCAUGCCAAGGCAAGCCAACAGACCGCUCACAUCCAAAACAUGGUCUCAAAACAGAGAAACACAAAGAAAAAACGUAAACUGAUGCCUCUAAAGAGAAGACCUGCCCCUCAGUCGUAUGUGCCACGUCCGUUAUAUCCUCGAAAUUCCCGCCCUCCAAAUCGUAAUCAGAAUACAUACAACAGUUCAUGGUCAUACAAUUACCCCAAGCCUGCUUAUAAAUCACCGCUGUACUCGCCACCGAAACCGUCAUAUAGCGGUCUCCAGGUGCGCCUGUCUGACACGCCAAACCAGACCAACAAUCAACGCUCUGUCACUUUUGAGGAGAUUGGACGCAAGACAUUUAGUCGGGCGAUGGACGAUGCUAACAGUGAUAGACAUGACGAGCGGCGAUCCUUUGGAUCACGGUUUGAUAUUCCACCACGAUUCCGGAACUUACAGCAAACAGAAACCAGUCGACAAACAGUAACCAGCCGCCCAGCAUUACUGAAAACACCAGCUAAGAAAGCACUGCCACAUAGCCUGGAGAAAACAGAAUUCGACACAGUGAUCGAUGGACGGAAGUUCUACGAAAGGCUGGAGAAAUAUGCACGCCAACAUUUUGACUUGACCUCUUUGGCCAUGGAGUUCAGUACGCUACCAAUGAAAAUUGGCGGAUCACAAGGAUACGUCAGCUCCCUCACCUUCAGUGGCAAGGUUUACGGCAGUGAGGAUGUCUUUGAAACCCCAGAAGAGGCAACUUAUGCUGUGGCCAAGAAGGUGUGUCUAGAUCUGGAGUCCAAUACAAAGAGGGACAGCAGUCCCGCGGAUCGUAGAUCAUCCUCAUCAUCAGUAUCGGAGUCUGUCCUUAAGUCACGGGUCAAAGAGUUGCUGUGUAACAAAUCAAACGGUAUGUGGAAAAAACGCCUGCUGGAACUGUACAAGGAGCAGUUUAAUGAGGAUCCUCCCGACCACCUGUUCAGCCUCAUCAAACAGUGGAAGGAUGUGGCCGCCAUACAGGAGAGUGCUGUACCCGACAAUGAAAUCAUCACACCUGUCGCACCUGGAGCUUCACAGGAAAUCACAAAACCAGUCAGCCAGACCCCCAAGACAGCUCAAACUCCUAGAGAGACACCCUCUCCUCUAGCUCCUCGCGUAAUAUACACGCCUCCGGAUCCGUUACCUCCCACACAAACGGCUGUCACCGAGUCACGGCAAAGGGCAGAUAACCCCACCGAUGUCAAGGAUCUAAAAAUUCCAAAAGGAGAACCCCUGCCACUGGAGGAGAAGGUGACAGUUUAUAUGACGUUUUUCCACAACUGUGGCUACUUCUGUGUGCAGAGGGAAGAUUCCCCAAUAGAGGAGAUAUCUAACCUUCUGACUAUCCAGGCCACAAAUAAGGGGCCCAAGCCCACAAGACAGGAACUGUCCCCAGGCCGGUUCUGUGCGUCCAUGUACAGCACUGACGGAAGUUGGAGCCGAGCUGAGGUUCUUGCCAAGGACGACAUUGGAUGUGGUGUUGAGGUCCUCUAUGUGGAUUUCGGUAACACAGAGAAGUGCUUCCCCAGCUCCAUGCAGUGGCUGUGUGAUGAGUCGGCCGCCUUCCACGUGCAGGCUGUAUACUGUUGUCUGUACGGAGUUAAGCCCCUUGAGGGUGAGACCUGGUCGGAGGAGUCACAGAAGAAGUUCCUGGAGCUGACUCAGGAGGAGGCUCUCCUUGCUCUCACCCAUGGCUUCACAGAAGAGGGAGUUUGUGAGGUGGAGCUUUUCUACUCCGACCCCGAAAAAACGGUCAGCAUUAACCAGAUCAUGGUGGAGUCCGGCCUGGUGGCCAGCAUUGACCGGUCCGUACCUAGUAUAGAGCCAGAUGUGCUGGUGAUCCCCGACAUCAGCCAGUUAGACGUGUACGUGUCGUUUGUUAACUCCAGUACAGACUCGGUGAUGUUACGACUUGUUGGAGAAGACUACAGUGAAAAGUUGGAUGAACUAGAAACCAAGAUGGAGGUAGCCUUCCAUGACGCUCCUGAUGAUGGGUCGGUAAAUGAGGGCUGUGUUUAUGUGGCAUAUGUAGAUGGUCUGUACCAUCGUAUUCGUGUCCUGGAAAACCAAGGUAAAAAGGUGAGCAAAUUACAGCCAACAUAUUAG